GGCGUCACACUUUUCCUGCAUGGCGCCGCCAAUACACCGCCAACAAGGUUGGGUUGGCUGGCGGCACUUGGCCAUCCUGCUAUGGACUCUUCUAGUACAUGACGCAUACGCACAGACAAGCUACUCCCCCGGCCGAGCCGAUACUCGAGUGGAGCAGCUGAACCUCAACAACUCGUUUUCUUGUUCGGGGGGUCCAACCCUCUGUCCCGACGCUGGUACAUUCAAAUACGCAGGGGGCAACCUCACGCUCACCAUUGUGGAAAUGCGCAACUUGCCGCAGCUGGACUCGUUUGGCCCGUUCUCCCUAACCACGGAUGCCUUCAUUCGAGCAACGUUCGGGGUGGACAUUCUGUCGUCGGAUCCGCUAUUAAACAGCUUGAAUCCGGUGUGGCCACCUUGCGUACAGCGUGGUUGCCAGGGCAAAACAGACAUCAAGCGUGACCUCGCCUUUGGCUACCGCACGUCUGGAACGCCGUUUCUGGUCGAAGUGUUUGAUUAUGACGACGGCAUGGAAUUCGGAAACGAUUUCAUCGCGGCGCUGACGGUGCACGUGAUCUAUUGCUCGGCAUUCUCCAGCAUCGUGCAGUUCACCCCCAACGCGGGCGAGGACUCGUCGUUUGCGAUGCCGAAGCAGCCCGUAUGCGUGGAAGAGGUGUGGCUUCCACUCGCCGCCGGCGUAUGCAUCGACGCCAGCGGCAACUUCACGGACGUUCCGUGCAUGCGACUUCGUCAAACCGUGGUGCCGUUUCAGGUCAAAGUCGAGGAAACGUUCGUGACAAGUGCCCGCGUGGCAGGAGGUAUGGGGGGCUUUUAUCCCGAUGUUCCGGUGAGUUUGUACACGAGUGUGUACGGCCGGGUGUGGACUCCGGGUGACCAACGGUUGCAAAACUACUACAAAAUGUCCAAGUCCCAGGGGGGAAUCCUUGUACGGCCAGACAACACGCGAGGGAUGAACAACAACCCCGGCAAUCAAUCGUUGAUCCCAAUCUACGGCUUUGCGCCGUUUGCACGGGUGACGAUGAACUUUGACGCUGAAAUGUACGUGUUUCGACGACAGACUGACAUUGAAACAGACACACUAUUGGGGCCCCUGGAGUGGCUGGACCCCACCCUGGGAUGGGUGAAACAACAAGAGUCGGCGCAAGUGGUGAACGUGGCCGAAGACUUCGACGCCGUCUCGAGAAACUUCACCGCGCACCCCGUCAACAAGUACGGCGACGCAUUAGGCAACGGCAUCAUCCUUGGCGUUAACAUCCGACAAGAUAACCCCGACGUGACGCUGUCCAUGUACUUUGCAGUGCUCGUGCCCAAAGUCCCAGGCCUUGGCACGCCCCCUGUGUACUCGAAAGAGUUUAGUCGGGGUGCGUUUUUCCUCUCGGCAUUGCAAUUUGGGCCGUCCGUGGUUGUUUUGUUGUACAUGAGUGUUCAGUAUUGCCGUAAGAUGCACUGCCGACUCGACCGCGUGCAGUCGUACUUGGCAGGCAUUGCGCUUCAACAUCACCAGCAGGAUACUGACGACAAUGCAAAAGGAGCCUCAACAGUCAUGACAACCACUACACCUCCGUCGGUGUCGGUUCCAGCAGCGACCGCAAAGCCCAAACCCACCAAGACUACCAAAACCAAACCGUUGCCAGUCGUGGCCAUGCUCUUUCUCUGCUACGACAAGUCGCCCCACAACGAGGACUAUCGCAGACACAUGUAUUACGCUACGAUGGCCGUCAACGUGUGCGUGUUGGCCCCCUUCUGCAUCUUGAUCACAUGGGGGGCCACCGCCGUGUCCACUGUGACCCCCCCCGCGGUGGGGUUUUUCCUCAUCUUUAUCGGGGGCGGGGGACUGGUCGGGGUCUACGCGUGCGUCAAAUGGCAGCGCUUGGGGUGGCGCAUGACGCGAGAGAUCAUGUCGUGCAUGGCUGCAGCGUGCAUUUGCGGCUUCUUGUUUCUCUUUUGCUCCAUAUUUGCCGACCCGCGAGUGUUUUAUGGCGGCACGCCGAUCGAGUUUUUCAGUCUCACGGCAUUCUCGCUCACCCUCAACAUGCUGCCUAUGAUUUGGCUGACGUUUACCAACGACAAGAAGAUCAUGAAAUCGUUGGCCCAAGUGUUGGCGGUGGUCACCGUGGGCAAAAAGGUCGGCUUGCUCAAGAAGAAGUUCAAGAGCCUCGGUACCGUCGGGCUCAAGUUGGCCACGGCCACGGAAUCCCUCCGCCACGAGCGCGGCAUCAAGCCCGUGUCGCCGUUCGACGCCCUUCUCGGCCCAUACUAUUCCGUUGUGCGCACCAUUCCCGGGUUUGCCCUGGCGGAUAUUCUGCAAUCUGCGUUUGUCAACGACAAACCCACCAAAGCCAACCGGCGCCUGUACCUCACCGCGUUGGCCAUAUUGGUCAUAUAUGCGAUUGUCGGCUACGUUCGCAGCGAUUACCCGACCCAAGGUAUUGGCAUCCUAGUGACGAUUCUUCUCUUGGAUGCAACUCUGGCGCUGGUCCUUCGAGGCCACUUGACGUGGUCGGCAGGGUACAUUUCAUUGCUCAUGGGCUUGACUCGGGUGAGUUUGGUGGCCACCUGCGGUCGGUACUGGCUAUUGGGGCAAACGAUGUCGUUUGCCAUUUUCGGCAUCGCCCUGUGUCGAGAAAUCGUCGGCCGCAACCUUCCGCGCAUGAGCUCCCAAGAAGCGGGCGGCAUUACGUUUUUCGGACACGAAUACCAGCACGAAAAGCAGUUGGAUUUGAGCGCGACGCCGGAAUUUGGGCUUGGGUUUCUGUCGUUUUUUUUUCUCUUCUUGCUUGUGGCCGUGGCGUUCACGACUGACAGCGCUACGGGGGUGAAAUUGCCCAUGUUUGGCCAAUUCUGGCCGUUGUGGGUUUUCGGGGUGCUCAGCUUUGUGAUUGUGCUCUUCACCGGCAUCGCGCUCGCGAGCUCCCGGGCGUUCUUUCUCAUGAAGCAGCGCCUGCUGGGGGAAUAUGCCGCGCAAGUGUACUUGUACAAGCCUGGCUUUCGGCUCCCGUUUAUUCUGGCGGCUGCGUCCGAGCUCAUGGUCGUGAUGUCUGGCUUGUUCCUGUGGGCAGCCACCAAGUCGACGUUCAUCUUCUUGUUGUCCAUCUUCUCGCCCAUCCUGCUCAUGUUGUCCACGGUGGUGUUCGUGCAGUGGCGCAAGAACGAUCACCGGCUUGUGAUAUGGCCACCCGAAGACGAGGACGACGAAGUGGAUGAUGAAGAAUUUGACGAAGAGGCUGAAUUUGCCAAGGAAGCCGACGCCAUGCGAAACACAUUUGUCCUGCCAUCGCUACGAGGGGGGCAGCUGUCGGACGACGCGUCCAACGAGUUCAAAAUGCCCCCCCUGCCGGUCCUCAAAGGCGGGGGAGCGCUUCUGGGGCUUGGGGGCGGGGCCGCGUCGGUGCUGCAGCUGGCUGGUAAAGCGAAACAGCAUCCAAAAAAUACUAUCGAAGACGAUGCAGACGAUGCUAUGGAAGCUGCUGCAAACGAAGCCAACGACGUUGAGAAACAACAGAAAAGUGAUACGAUGCUGGAUUUGGAGGCUGGAGAUGCUCCCGUAGAUCCUACGGGUCCAGGAGACGCCAAUGUAGACGCGGCGGCAAGUCCCCCACCUGCAGAAGGGGGGACCACCACCACCCCUACGCCGCAGAAAACUAAAAGCACGUGGCGUGAACGGCUGCGACAAUGGAUGGACAGGAUCAACUGUCGCCGUCGAGGGGGAAAGUACCAGCAAGUAACCUCGCCCCGAGACAUCCCACCAGCAGAAAUCGAUUUUGAGAAAAUGACGUUGUACCAAGCAUUUCGGCAAGGCUACCUCUUGCAGGAAGACUAUUUGACUCUGGGAUCGUUUGCUGGUCUCUUGGCUUGUUUGUUUGUGUUUGGUGUGUUAGCGUCGUUCACGGAGGCUCCUGGAUGGUUUGGCCACUUGCUGUGGGUGGCCGCCUUUGUGCUCAUCUUUUCCGUGUCCCCCGUGUUCAAAUGGUUUCACGUCCUGGACAUUACGUCGGACAUCCGCCAGAGCGUGCUUUUCAGCACGUCUUUGGCGUGGAUCAUGGGGCUGUACCUAUUCUUUGUCGUACAAGACAUGCACUUGUACGACGUGCAGUCUCUUUGGAUCUUUACCGUGCUGGUGUUUUAUCCCCUCGGUUUGCUGCUCAUCGUGGCCCUGUGUAAAUGGCGCGACGACAACUGGGUCUUUUCCAACUUUAUCAGGCAAGCGUUCUUGGUUCUGUCUGUGGUCCUCCCCUUCUUUUUGUUUGAAAUGUACAUUUGGGUCAGUGUUCCCGUCGGGGGGGGGUUCACCUUCGUCGUGUUCACGGCGUACACGACCAUCUACUUCUUGCGCCAGUGGGUGCUCAACGACUACUACCUCGCGCCUCGGUACCAAACGAUCGCCAACCAAAUCAUCGUUACGUGUGCGGUGGGGUUUGUCACCCUCGCUGUGCUGUUUGGGGUCAACAUCUUCUUUUGCUUUUCCAUCGCGAUGAUUGUCCUCUUACUCAAAUUUGUCAUCAACAUCGUCGCGAUUCGCAUGUCUCGCGAGCCGGACGCAGUGGUGUUCUACUCGCCGUACGUGUUUCCUGUGUUUUCAUACAACGCUGCAACCAACAACGUCACGGAUGAAAACAGCGAAACCAUGAACGUGUACCACGCCCUGCUCACGGCGUUCGUCUGGGGUUGCAUCGGGGUCAUGUUCUUUGACCCGCUUGGGUUUGGCAUUGGCUUGUCGUCGUUUGCGCUGCUGGCGUUCAUCGGAUACACGGCCAACUUGUGCUCGGUCACCCCCGUGCGCAUGGGCAUUGCGGCCAAGUACGUGAAUGAGAGCAUCUUGCACGAAGCCAGCGCCGUGGCCAAGGGAGUGUUUGACGAUCGACGCCAGCCAUUGAUCCUCGAGUCGGCGGAAUUCGUGGAUCGCGAACGCCGAGAGAAAGAAGCCGAGCUAGAGUACCAGCGACUGUCGUACGGGAAGCGCAAAUCUGCAGUGGACGUGGCAGCCCUCGAGGACAUUGGCCGCGUCGUGGCGACUCCGCCGCGCAAGUCGGCGGCGGACACGGCGCUGGAAAUUGACGACGCCAUCUGGCAGUGUUCGAACCGUCUGCUGGACGACGGGUCGACUGGCAAACGAAGGGAUGCCUUGUUUACGUAUGCCGACAUUGUACGAGACAUGCUCCAGCACGGACGAGGGCCGUUUGGGUACGUGGGGCUGUUUGGUUUUGGCUUCAAGGCGCUGGUUAAAGUAAAAAAUCAUCGAGUGACGCAGCUGGUGCAGCGCAUGGUGAUGAAGAAAGGACAGGAACUCCAUACUGCGGCGGCGAAUUCCAAGAUGCUUCAACACGCAAAAUCGUCGGUGGUCGCGACGACAGCCAAGCUCAACAAGACUAUCAAAGCUACUGCUAGCGCGAAGACCAAGGAGGUCGAGCCACCGCAACCCACCAGUCCUGGUACAAACACCAACAAUCCAAGCGGCAACCUCAGCAACAUCGACGUCGACAUGGACCCUGAAAGUGGCAAUGCUGUGGGGAUUGGUGGCGACAGCCUGCCUCUGAUUGUAGCUCCCUCAGCCCCAGUGCACGUCAUCGAAGAAUCCUACGAGUUUGUCGACUCGCUGGGCCACUUGCACGGGUUGCCAGCCAAAGACGCCACUCUCGACUUGGAAUUCUUUGAAGAAACUCGAUGCAUCAUCCAUUUCCAGCUCAUGCUGUUGAACGCCGCAGACGCCCGACUGUCGCGCGAGCGCGUCUUGUUUCAAAAGUUUUUGCGGGAGAACCGGUUCAAACUCAUGUCCAACGGCAUCAACCCACCGGCGGACAUCUUCAAAACGUCGUCGCAUGCAUCGAUUGACAUUCCACUCGUGGCCACAUGGCUCAUCUCCCUCACCCGCGAAGAACGCCAGCGAUUCCAUGCCCUCAAAGCGGCCUUCAGCGUCGAAAUGGAUCGCAAGGACGCGAUCGUGGACGCCGAAGACUCGGCCAGCGUCGCCCACCAAUCCGAAGUGCGAGCGUAUUGGAAAACGCGAGAAAGCGACAUGUGCCGCAAAAUGUACGAGGAAAGCGUGGCGAGACGUGUUCGCCGCGAACAGGAAGGCAUCGCCGUGGAUGAAUCCGUACUGGAAGCUGUGACCAACGCGCAUGAGGCCAUCUCGGAGAUUGAAUCCGGCUACGCGUGCAACGUUGGCCAGUACGGCCGGUCGCUGCAGUUUGUCGACCCCGAGUUCCCCCCCACGUUUGCGUCGCUGGCCGGAUGCACCAACGAGGCGGAAGUCGUCGAUUGGAGGGUGUCCACGGCCAUAAACAUCACUGCGGGGCUCUUUGACGGGGGGACCGACCCCGACGACGUCCGCUUUGGCCGGUUGAACGACGGAUGGUUCCUCAGUGCCGUGAGUAUUCUCGCCGCGUCGGGGGGCGUCGACGACGGCAAGGUGGACCCAGUGAUCGACAACUUGUUUAUCACCAAACAAACGUCACUAACGGGGGCAUAUGCGAUUCGGCUGUUCAAAAACUCGCAGUGGGAAACCGUGAUUGUGGACGAUUACUUUCCCGUGUUGAGUGACAGCCACAAGAUGGACAUUUCGGCGGGCGCGGCGUUUGCCCACAGUCGGCACUUUGAAGAAUUGUGGGUCCCCCUGCUGGAAAAAGCCUACGCAAAGUACUAUGGCGGGUAUGCAGCACUCGAACAAGGAUUUGUUCACCACGCGUUGGAGGCACUGACAGGACAUACAUCAGAAGAGAUCUUUCUGUCCCAGGCAUCGCGCGGCGCCAAGAAGAAGACGUUGUGGAAACAGUUGCUCGGCAACAAGAGCAACCGGUUCCUCAUGGGGGCGGGCACAAUCACAAGCGACAACGCCGACCACGAGAUUCUGGACACUGGUCUUGUGUUUGGCGCGUGUUAUUGCAUCUACGAUAUCCGCGAAAUCGACGGCCAUCAGCUGCUCAAGCUCCGGAAUCCGCCAGGCGACCAUGCUGAGUGGCGGGGGGACUGGGGCGACGACUCUCCUCUGUGGACCCGCCGCCUCAAGAAACACUUGGGCGUGCUCGCCAACUCGAAUGACAAUACGUUUUGGAUGAGCUUUGACGACUUCUGCAACGCGUUUCGGUGUCUGUAUGUGUGCAAGUACUACGACCCAGACAAGUGGACCAAAUUGAUUCGACACGGGGCAUUUUCCAUUAAAUGUGAUACCGCCAGUGGACUUCCCACUCGCCAUAACCCCGACUGCACCCUGGAAAACAACCCCCACUACUCCCUGGGGGUCACCCGCCCCACUGAAGUCAUCAUCACCGUCACGCAAGUGGACAAAGCCGGACUCGCGCCAGUUACGGUGCUUCCCAUCGCCGUGUACAUUGUGCAAGGCGCGAUGGCCGAUCGAGCGUCUCGUGUGAAAGUACUUGACAAAUUGCACGUGAUCAAGCACAGUGGCGCCCCGGUACGGGAACGACAAGUGUCUCUGCAGUGUGUGUUGCAAGCCAGAACGUACACGAUCUUGAUCGCUGCAUACAAGAAGGACAUGGAAGGACCGUUUCAAUUGACGAUUCAGAGCAACUACGGCGUCGAGGUCGACCAGAUAUGGCCUGCCGUGUGGCGCGAGCCCAAGGCAAUGAACCACAUGGAGAAGAUGGCCAUGAAGUUGAAGGAGACAGUCGAAGACACGGCGGCCGGCAAGAAGUUGGUGGCGAAUGCAACGAAGUACAAGAACCGCAUCGCCGCUGGGUUGGAGGACGCGUUGCAAGACGAGGGCGAUGACGUGGCCAAGCUCGAAGCCGACAAGGUAGUGGAAGAACAAAAGACCAAGAAGAGUCCAUGGAUCGAACAAUGGGACGAUGCACAAAACAAACCCUAUUACUUCAACAAGGAAACUGGGCUCUCCCAGUGGGAUAUUCCCCCAGAUAUGUAAACUAGUGGACCAACUCGACGCUCUUGCCGCUCGCCUUGGACCACUUGAGCAGCGCUUCCAGCAUCACGGUGACGUCCGCCGUACCGGUGACGAGCACUUGUUGGCCCGGGAUGUCGCACGCGACUUUCGUCACGCCUGCCGUCGUAGGAGCCGCGUGAGCUUAACUUAAGAUAAAUGAAUCAUUCGAAGUA